GGGAUCUCCAAGGAGGAACAAGCUCAGGAUGUCUCACCAGGGGAUGGUACGACAUCAGUGGUACUUCUAGAAAUUUCUCCUUUUCCAACUCUGCCUUCAACUCAGGUAGACCGUGAGCCUCAAUGGAGAAAAAGUAACCAAGAUACAACUUUCCUGGUAUCCCUGUGAAAAACUUCUUCCAGGAAAACUCAGCCCCGCAAAUAUGUAUUUUUAAUGCCGAUAAUGUAUUUGUAUCCUGAAUGUGCGUCAAUAGAUGGACCUCUGAGUUGGUAGAUUGUCAGGAACACAAUGUUGGCUUGCAGGAUAGUGUGCAAAUGAGCAAUUCUAAUUUUCCAAGAAUAGUAGGAGCAUGCUUGGAAUCAAACUGGGUUUAGGUUGCACUUGGGAUGUAGUGGCUCAACUGCAGGCCAACAGACCAGGAGUGACCCUUCUGUUAGCAGGGAAUGCUGCCUGUAGCACACUAAAGCUGGUAGCCCAGUCUAUGCCUUUUCCACCAUGCUGAAAAGCCUUACAGCAAAGCCCCACUUGACCAAGGCCACAAUGGGCUUCAAUCUCUAUGGGAACAGUGGGGCCCUUUCUGCCUCUUUGGAUAAUGUUGCUUAACCCAGAGGGGAACGGUGGGUGGAUAUGUACCGAUAUUUAUUCUGGGGUCUUGUGAAUUAAGAGAGAGGUCUUCUAAAGCUUGCCUGAGCUUAUUGUUUCAGCAGGAACGUUUUCAUCCUCCCUCAGGGUGCCGUGUCCUUCCAGGAGGUGGCGGUGUGUUUCACAGAGGAGGAGUGGGCUCUGCUGGAUUCCACCCAGAAGGCCCUCCAUGGGGAAGUCAUGCGGGAGAAUUCUAGAAACGUGGCUUCUCUGGGAGAAGAGCACGACACAGAGAAUUAUCAGGUGCCAGAUAUGGCAGCAUCACAAGCCAUCCAAUGGGAAGUGGGAAAAGAGAGAUUUGGACAUGACUGGAGGUUAGAAACCUAUGUGGAAGAUCUUGAUGCAGGAAACAGAAGAGGAAAAAUAUGUAAAGAUAAGUCAGACCUAGAUAAUCAGUGUGGAACUGAGAUUAGAGUUAGCCAAUAUGAAUGGAGAAUGCCUGAAACAUUUUUCAGCCCAAACAUCCCCCUUGCUUUAUGUCAACAAAUGCGCACUGGGGAGAAACCAUAUAAAUGCAUGCAGUGUGGAAAAAGCUUCAAGCACAGCAGUGCUCUUAUUUACCACUCAAGGAUCCACACGGGAGAGAAGCCGUAUAAAUGCCUGGAGUGUGGAAAGAGCUUCAGAUGGAGCAGUGAUCUUACUUCCCAUAAAACUAUCCAUACCGGGGAGAAGCCAUAUAAAUGCUUGGAGUGUGGAAAAAGUUUCAGGCAGAGCAGUCACCUGAAUUCCCAUCAAAGGGUCCACACAGGGGAGAAACCAUAUCAGUGCUCCGAGUGUGGAAAGAGAUUUGGACAGAGCAGUAAUCUUACUAACCAUAAAAGACUUCACACAGGAGAAAAACCAUAUCAGUGUAUGGAGUGUGGAAGGAGCUUCAGUCAGAUUUGUUCACUUACUUUGCAUAAAAGGAUCCACACAGGGGAGAAACCAUAUAAAUGCAUUGAGUGUGGAAAGAGCUUCAAAAACAACGGCAAGCUUAUUUCCCACAGAAGGAUCCAUUCAGGGGAAAAACCAUUUAAAUGCAUGGAUUGUGGAAGAAGCUUCAGUCAGAACUUUUCCCUUACUUUGCAUAAAAGGAUCCACACGGGAGAGAAACCAUAUACAUGUAUGGAGUGUGGAAAGAGUUUCAAGCGGAGUAGUGAACUUACUUCCCAUAAUAGGAUCCACACCGGAGAGAAAUCUUACAAGUGCAUGGAGUGUGGAAAGUGUUUCAGGUGGAGGAGUCAACAUACUUCCCAUCAUAGGACCCACUGUGGGGAAAGCACCUAUGUAGUGAAUGGGCAGGGAAGUGCCUCCCCACAUUCCCUGACUUUUCAGCCCCUCCGGUCAGGUGGUGAGUUGCCAGCUUGGACUGUCACUCCAGUAUCUUCUUGAGAGAAAGAGCUUGCCUGGUGCUCAGACAAAGGAGGUUGCCCCCAGCCCUGUUCCUUCGAGAGAAAGUCAGUUUGCCUUGGGGAAAAAUAAACUUUGGGACAAGGGGGAGGAGUUUCUGGGAACUGAGGCUGGGAAGAACAGCCUCCGGAUUAUCUGACUGGAGUCCUCCAGGAUCAUCAGGAGACAGAAUCCAGGAAUAUUUGAGCCAGAGGAAAAUCUGUUUCAAACAACAGUUAUCUCAGGAACGUGAAAUAAAGACCUCUAACGUGCCAGCCAUCCUAAUAUUUUCAUUUCUGUGUACCAUUAAGAUCUUUAUUUUCUCUGGUGUUUAUUGCAUCUCUGCAAGCUCAGUUUACUGUACUGUAUAUACAAUUGGGACCUCUGCACUAGAGAUCCAGCACACCUUGUCAUCCAUCCCAACUUUAGAUUCUCUUUUAUUUCUUCAAUGGGAGAUUCCUUUGAGGUGUUGCUUGUAAUUUUAGCAGCACUGUAAUUUUUAAACCCAGCAUUCAUU